UUAAUUAGAAUUUACCAGCUACCAGCAGAGAUACCACAGAGGACUAUCACCUGUCGUGUCACUCGCUGGGUUGAGAGUUGCCUGUGAACCAAUGUGUCUGUGGGUGUCUCGUACUCCUCCAUGGUGUUAUUUCAUGGAUCUGGUUUUUGUGUGGACACGCGUUAGGAGUGUGCUGCUGCUGUGGAAGCAACAACUUAUUUUUGGCAUCUGACAUUAAAGCUCACCCUUUGCAAUGGCAGCGGCCCCAGUAAAGCGCAACAGUGCCGAGGUUUGACUAGACCUCCUUUGUCCCUCGUUGUGCGCAGACUGAGAAAUCUAAUGAUGAAUUCUGCAUGAGGCCCUGAGACAUACACGGGACACGGUCAACUGUUUGUCAGUCACCUGUUGUGAGCUGCCAGAGGAGAAGAGAAGAGUUGUGCAGCCUGGGUGGUGAGGCUGCAUCACAUUCGUCAUGACCAAAGAGGAGGAGAUCCCUGACUGGGUGGGGGCUCAGGAGUUCUACGACAAGUAUGAGCCCAAGGAGAUUCUGGGAAGGGGAGUGAGCAGUGUUGUGCGUCGCUGUGUCGACAAGCGGACAUCUCAGGACUAUGCUGUGAAGAUCAUCGACAUCACACCCUCAGACAAGAUGAGUCCGCAUGAGAUAGAGGAGAUCAGAGAGGCGACAGUGAAGGAGAUUGACAUCCUCAAGAAAGUAUAUGGAGGGAAAAACAUCAUACAGCUUAAAGACUGCUAUGAGUCCAAUGCUUUCUUCUUUCUUGUUUUUGACCUGAUGAGGAGGGGAGAACUUUUCGACUACCUCACAGAGAAAGUAACUCUCAGCGAGAAGGAAACAAGGAAUAUCAUGCGAGCACUGCUAGAGGUGGUCCAGUAUCUCCACAGCCAGAACAUUGUCCACCGUGACCUGAAGCCUGAAAACAUCCUCUUAGACGACGAGAUGAACAUCAAACUCACCGACUUUGGCUUCGCUGUGCAAAUCACACCAGAGCAGAAGCUCAAAGAGGUGUGCGGGACCCCUGGUUAUCUCGCUCCUGAGAUCAUUGAGUGCUCCAUGGAUGGAGGGCACGGAGGAUACAGCACUGCUGUGGACAUAUGGAGCUCAGGGGUCAUCAUGUACACGCUCCUUGCAGGCUCUCCACCUUUCUGGCACAGGAAACAGAUGCUGAUGCUGCGGAUGAUCUUGGCCGGGACGUACGACUUCUCAUCUCCAGAGUGGGAGGACCGCUCUGAUACUGUUAAAGAUUUGAUUUCUCGGAUGCUGGUGGUGGACCCAAAACAGAGAUUCACAGCCACUGAUGUUCUGAACCACUCGUUCUUCUCACAGUAUGUGGUGGAUGAAGUGCGACAGUUCACUCCAUACAGGCGCUUCAAGGUCAUCUGUAUGACUGUCCUCGCCACAAUGAGAAUCUACUGCAACUACCGCCGAGCCAAGCCCGUCACCAAGGAGGUGAUCAAGAGCGACCCGUAUGCUGUCAAGCCCAUCCGCAAGCUCAUUGACGCAUGUGCGUUCAAGAUCUAUGGCCACUGGGUCAAAAAGGGACAAACUCAGAACAGAGCAGCACUUUUCGAGAACACUCCCAAAGCCAUCCUGCUGUCGCUGGCUGCCGAGGCGGACGAGCCCAUACAGCAUAUCUGGUAACCGGCACUUAUACUCAGGACAGAUGAACAGCAGAUUUAUGAGGGUUAGGGAAAGAAGGAACUGUCUUGGAUGUAGUGAGCAGUUUUUGCUGAUGUUUAACUGCAGCACAGAUUAUUGGACUGGUGUUGAGUCCCCUCCAGAUAAGACUUCAGCAAUGGUACCAUUGUUACAAGUCAGUCUUUCUGUCUCAAAUUAUGCCUAUGAGGCAUUUCAGAAGAAUUAUUAAGCUGUGAUCAACUCAUUUCAGCUACAGUAUCUGAUUGCUGAAUACGCUGUUAUUUAAAUUUAUUUUAGAGUGAAUUGAACUGUAGUAUUUAUCAAAGAUAGAUUAUUUCUCUGACACUAUGCAUUUGCUCAAUCCCCAACUGAGUCACAAGGUUUCAGCCACCUUUUAUUUUAUUUAAUACAUAGUAUUUUAAGUUAUUUUUCCUGUUUAAAAUAUUAAUUUAGAAUAGGUUGUCUUGAUUAGAAUCAAGCAAAGAAUAUCAGGUUGUAGAUGCAAUAAAUGUUGCUUUAUAUCCUACAAAUAUUUGUUUGUCAGCUCUGUCUUCAAUUGGCAGCCCAGGCACAACUUUGCUAAUGGAUGUAUGAUACAGUGAAACUGUGUACUUCAAUGACAUAGACUUUUAUGUACAAUGUGGCUGCUUGAUUAUUGUGUGAGAUGUACUUUGCUAAGCCACUUAAGAAUGUAACAGAUAGCACUUUUAAAUGUUUGCCAUGGCUUUAUUUAUUAAAACGUUUUUAAAUCAGUCUGUCAUAAAAAGGCACCACUUAGUAUUGCUUUUGAUUUUAAUAACAAACCUUUUUCUUUCCACAUGUUUCUCUAAAAUCUUGAGACAGACGUUAAUGAAUCCACAACACCCAUUUGAUACAUUUUAAAUGUUUAUUAUGAACAGGAUAACAAAGAACAUUUAAUAAUUCAGGAACAGAGACAUGCAUGCAAGAUUUGAUGCUUAAUGGUAAUAACGUUUUAGACCUCAUUGUCACUUUCUUACCACGAGUUAAGGGCGUACUUUCCCAUGUCUGUGAUCCAGAAGCAGUCACUUGUGCCCUGGAGAAAUAAUCCAACAGGAAGGAAAUGAAUACAAAAACAAAAGGCUGGCAGGGUGACAUUAUAUAAAGUGCAUCAUUGUACUCAUUUCUGCGCAGUGAAUGAAACUGAGGCAAGCAUUCAUCCAGUUAAAAAGCAGAAAUGAGAAGAGGCUUUUGCAUGGUGUCUGGCUGCAUCCAACACAGACCAGCUGGAACAGAAUUCGUCCAUGCUAACUUUUUUCACAGUGAUCCACUCAUUGUGUUACAAUGUGUAGAAACAUACCAUCUUCCAGGCCUUUGCUUCUUACUCUGGAAGCCUGUUGUUGCCAUUGUGUGUCAUACUAUAGCAUUAUGUUUGUUGCUGCAGUCUGAGCCUGUCUCUCCAUUUAGAUGUAUUUCAACAAAUCCUGUAAUGAAAGAGUAAAACACAAUUGAAGCAAUCACAUUAAUAAGUGUAGAGAAGUAACAUUAUUGCAGUGUUAAACAUGAGAAAUGUAAUAAAUGCAUGUACCAGUCUUUUCUCAAAAUGGAGUA